AUGUUCAGAGCUCCAGCAACUUCAACUGCUUUGACAUCGACACCCAUCUACCGUCUAGUCCUGCCGCGAGCCUGUCCUCUAUCCAUCAAGUUUACACCAUACCCUCUCCCGACAUCACCCAAAGGACAUCUCCACUCAAACCCAAACCUCGCCGCCCCCCUCCCUGGGCAACCCGCCAAGAUGGAUGCCGCCACCAUCGAGGAGACGAAUCGCAUGCGCGAGUCCCUGGGCCUGAAGCCUCUUCCUGUACCAGGCGCCGCACCCCCGUCGCCCAAGGAGCGCCGCGCAGGAUCCGAAAGCGAUGGAGAAGAAGAAGAGGAGGCCAGCACCAUCGACACACGCCAGGCACAAUCCUAUGACAACUACAGGCAGAUCCGCGAAGCCGAGGAAGCCAAGCGCAAACGCGAGGCGCGCGUCGCCGCCGCGAAGAAGGAGCGCGACAAUGCCCAACGCCUAGCCACCCUCGAAGGCAAAGGUCUUGGCGAGGAGGACGAUGCCGGUGACCUGGACGCCAAGGCCUGGCUCAAGGCGCAGAAGAAGCGACAGAAGACCAUUGCCAAGACGCGCAAGUUUGAGGAGGAGCAGGCCGCGGCGGAGGCGGCAGCGGCGGCGGCGCUCGAGUACACAUCAAAAGAUCUCGCCGGAGUCAAAGUGGCACACGAACUGGACAGCUUCCUGGACGGCGAUGACCAGAUCUUGACACUGAAGGAUACCACUAUUGACCAGAACGAAGAGGAAGGCGACGAACUCGAGAACCUCGACCUCCGUGCGCAGGAAAAACUCAAGGAGAACCUCGACCUCAAGAAGAAGAGGCCGGCGUAUGAUGUGCAUAAUUUGGAUGAUUCGGAGGAGCGAGGGCUGCUGUCACAAUACGACGAGGAAAUCUAUGGCAAAAAGUCAAAAAAGUUCACUCUCGACUCAUCAGGUGCCAUUGCUGAGCUCGCCGACAUCCUCGAUGGCCCCUCAAAGAAGAAGAAGGACGUACAGAACAUUGAUCUUGACGCUAUGGAAGACGCUCCCAAGUCCGACUAUCUUGACAUUUCAGAGAUCAAGGUCCGGAAACCCAAGAAGAAGAAGUCCAAGUCGACGCGCCAGAAGCCCGUCGAUGAAGACGACAUCAUCCCAGAAGUGCCCGCGCCUGUCGAAGACGAGCAAAUGGACAUUGACUCGGGAGCACCAGUGCUGCCAAGGAAGCGAAAGGUCGUGGACGACUCUUUCGUGGACGACGAAGAUCUCCAAGCCUCCCUCGCCAUUCAGAGGAGAACGGCUCUGAAGAAAAGGAAGAGGACACGGCCCGAGGAUAUCGCCAGGGAACUCAAUGAGCAGACUGAGCAGCCGGAAGAGGAAGACCAAGGAGGUGUUAUUAUUGAUGAAAUCUCAGAGUUCGUUUCUGGCUUGAAGAAACCAGACGAGGACGAGGACCGGAAGGCGCGCAAGUCGAAACAAGUUACUGAGCAAUCUAUCACCGCAAUGCACGACGAGUCCGACGACGACGGGGAUCUUCACAUGGGCGACGCCUCACACGUCGAUGCUUCGGACGCUAAGAUAGAAGAUCCCAUUGACUACGCAGGCAUCGAUGAGGAGAGGACGAUUGGUGCCGGCAUGGGUUCUGCACUCACACUGCUGAGAGAGCGUGGCCUGGUUCAGGAUGCACACGGCGCUGAGCUCAACGAGGAAUUCCGUCGCAAGUCCGAAUUCCUAGCCGCCAGGCGGCGGCUCGAAAGUGAGCAAGAUGAAAGGACACGCGACCAGAGAGAGAAGGACCGAAAGAGCGGUCGCUGGGACCGCAUGUCGAUCCGCGACAGGGAGGAAUACGCGCGCCAGCAAAACACGUACCGCGACCAGCAGCAGUCUCGCACUAUCGAUCAGCUCUUCAAGACUCAGUACAAGCCCGACGUCAAACUCAAGUACACCGACGAGUUUGGCCGGGCGCUGGACCAGAAGGAGGCUUUCAAGCACCUCAGCCACCAGUUCCACGGCAAGGGCAGCGGCAAGGGCAAGACCGACAAGCGACUCAAAAAGAUCGAGGCCGAGAAGAAGCGCGAGUCGCAGAGCAUACUCGACGCCAGCGAGAACGCGACCAUGAGCUCAUCCAGUAGCAAACGGAAGGAGGCCGGCGUGCGUUUGCAGUGA